AUGGCUGAUCCUACUCUCCAUCUUCCUCGACUUCUCUGCCUCCAUGGCGCUGGCUCCAAUGCCGCCGUCUUCCGCAGCCAGUGUCGCUCCCUUAUCCCCCUGCUCCAAUCGCACUUUAGGCUCUGCUUUGCGGACGGGCCGUUUAUUUGCGAGCCCGGCCCAGGAAUUGCCCUGGUCUACGGAGAACUGGCUCCCUUCCGGCGCUGGCUACGCUGGCGGCCGGGAUUCCCCCCGCUGACAAAGCUGGACGAUGGCUCGCAGCUUUCAGACGAGGACUCGUACGAGGCCGUUGAAAAGAGCAUACUCGGUGCCAUGCAGGCGGACGAUGACAAGGGUGCGACGGGCGAGUGGGUGGGACUGCUGGGUUUCAGCCAGGGCGCAAAAUUAUCUGCGAGCCUGCUGUUCAGACAACAAGUGCGCGCGGAGAGAUUGGGCAGAGACCAUGCUGGAUCGAACUAUCGGUUUGCGGUCCUGAUGAACGGCCCGGCACCGGUCGUGGGAUUCGAGAAGCUGGAAACCGAGGAUCAGAAAUUGGUUUUGCGCAUUCCAACCUUGCAUGUUCAUGCGCUCAGAGAUCCUGAUUUGCCUUAUCAUCAAAUGUUAAAAACGCAAUACUGUGAUGAAGGAACAGCGACGGUGGUCGAGUGGAAUGGUGACCAUAGGGUCCCCCUUGCGGCAAAGGAUAUUGCGCCUGUUGCGGACCGGAUCCUUGGAUUGGCAAAGCAAACUGGAGCAUUGCAGAAUUAA